CACCAGCAUCGUGUGUGCGGCAGGAGGAUAAAUUGAACAUUUCCCACGAGAUCGGGGUACAAACCGCAUCUGUCCGUUGCAGAGAGCGAAACGUUUGACCGUAUACACGCGUACGGUCUCUGUGUGUCGUGCAGUAGUGAGUUUCACGUACGUAAAAACCCAGUGCGGCGUGUGUGUUUCGGGGUCGCCGAUUCGCGCAUGGUCGAUGGUGACUUGCUCGGUCUGUCGGCUGCUGAAGAAGCUACAAAAAACUGCUGCACUGAGAUAGACAUCAUUCUAGCGCACCGCUGGAAAGCCGUGCAGUGUAUCGCUGUGAGCUGUUAUUUAAAGUGUUUUUAGUUUGCAAGUGUUUUUAGGGAGUGCAAAAAGUACGUGCCGGUGAAUAAAAAAUGCUGCUCAAACAAAUCGGUACCGUUCUGGCGCGUGCCGAAUGCCAGCGUCGUCAUCGUGCUUUGCUCCAGUUGAGUCGCCACUUUGCCGCCGUUCCGUUGGCCGAACCGGCCGCACCGUCGCUGAAAACCGAAGUACCUGGACCCAAGUCAAGGGCACUGCUGCAGCAGCUAAAUCAACUGCAGAAUGCUAACUCGGUGCAAAUGUUUGUCGACUAUGACAACUCGUACGGAAACUAUCUGCAGGACGUGGACGGCAACGUGCUGCUCGACAUUUACACGCAAAUUUCAUCCGUCCCGCUCGGUUACAAUCACAAGGAGCUGCUGAACGUGUUCCGGGAUGAGCACAACCUGUCGACACUCAUCAAUCGCCCAGCGCUCGGCGUGUUCCCGGGCGAAGAUUGGCCGAACCGGCUCCAGAACGUGCUGAUGUCGGUCGCUCCGGUUGGGCUCGAUCACGUCACGACCAUGAUGUGCGGUUCCUGCUCGAACGAGAACGCGUUCAAAAACAUCUUCAUCUGGUACCAGAAGAGGCAGCGAGGCGAAGCCACCCCGUUCACCGAGUCGGAGAUCCAGUCGUGCAUGAUCAACCAGGCCCCGGGCGCGCCGAAGCUGAGCAUCCUGAGCUUCCACGGUGCGUUCCACGGCCGGACGCUCGGCUGCCUGUCGACGACGCACUCGAAGUACAUCCACAAGAUCGAUGUGCCGUCGUUCGAUUGGCCGAUCGCACCGUUCCCGCAGUAUCGCUAUCCGCUGGAGGAGAACGUGCGCGAAAACGCGCAGGAAGAUGCGCGCUGUUUGGCGGAGGUGGAGCGCUUGAUUGAGCAGUACGGCAAGCGGGGCAUCCCGGUGGCGGGCAUCAUUGUGGAACCGAUUCAGAGCGAGGGCGGGGACAAUGAGGCGUCGCCCGAGUUCUUCCAGCAGCUGCAGAAGAUUGCGAAGGCACGGGGCAGUGCGCUGCUGAUCGACGAGGUGCAGACGGGCGGUGGACCGACCGGUAAGAUUUGGUGCCACGAGCACUUCAAUCUGCCCAGCCCGCCCGACGUGGUGACGUUCAGCAAGAAGAUGCAGCUGGGUGGAUACUAUCACGGGGCGCACAUGAAACCGUCGCAGCCGUACCGCGUGUUCAACACGUGGAUGGGCGAUCCGGGCAAGCUGCUGCUGCUGGAAUCGAUUCUGCGCGUGAUCAAGCAGGAAUCGUUGUUGGAGAAUGUGCGCCGUACGGGUGAUAAGCUGAAGCAGGGUCUGAUGGAGGCCCAGAAAGACUUCCCUCAUCUGCUGAGUGCUGCGCGCGGCCGGGGAACCUUCCUGGCGAUCAACUGUGCCACGCCCAAGCUGCGCGAUGACAUUGUGGGAGCACUGAAACAGAAAGGUGUCCUGUCCGGUGGUUGCGGUGAGCAGAGCAUUCGCUUCCGCCCGGCACUGAUCUUCGGCGAGAAGCACGUGGACAUCUUUAUGGACAAAUUCCGGCAGGUGCUGAAGGAGGUGAAGUAAACGCACGCCAAACGCCCAGCACCUGUGCCAGCUAACUUACUGCACAGAAGCGGAUGAGAAUGAGCGGACAGCUGCUACAUGAAUGGAUUGGAAUUGAGGAUGUUUGCUAUUUAGCAACCACGCUACAUUGCGGACAAAAUGGGAAAUGGAUUUGCUCCGAUUAGUUUAAUAAUCUUCCACGCACAGCACAGCGACUUGCGCACAAAAUGAAGCAGACAUUAGUAGAUUGAUUCGUUACGGUAUGGUAUGAUCCCGGUUAGGUGGUCGCGCGGUUUCCAUAGCGGGGACAAUAAGAUGGACCAGAGAGUUCUUCCCUGUCUGCGUACCGCACAGCCGUGGAUUUGUUUUAGUAAUGCUUGUAGCUGCCAUGUUGAGAAAUCGUCUAAGCUAUAUAUAAUAGAAACUCUGCCAGUACGACAGAGAGGGAAAUGAAAUAAUAUAUAACAAAAGUAUAAAACACACACACCAACACGCUACAUAAAGCGUGAAUGAGAGAACAUUUGUCUUCCAAUGAGCGAUCAAAGUGAUUCCAAAUUAAUCGGUGUCCAAACGGCGACAGGCCCAAACUGUCUUCUAGGCAGGGCGUGCUAAACCGUUACAAAAUAAAAUAGAUAAAUGUUGUCGCAUACAGUAAGCACAUUUGUGU